UGAGCGUUUCUGGGUCCCUCCCCUACACCGUCUCGGUUAAGCAAAUAGUCAGUUUACUUGUGGUGAUACGAUCAGUUCUUUGUCGUGCCCCCAGCACCGCCCGCCUCACCCCCUGUCCCAGCCCGUCGGGGUAGCGGUCCGCACUCCUCAGCCGGGGGUGGGAGGGAGUCGGGAAGCGGCGCCGGAGGAAAACGCUUCCAUGUAAGCUGUAACAUGCGGCAGGCUCGCCGAGGGACGUGUUUGCGGAUACGAGCUUUUACAUUACGUUAUCACUUACGACGAGUUUCCCAACAGUUUUAAGGCCUUGUGGAGCUGCAGCCAUGAAUUUGGGCAAACUGUCGGGCAUCAAGGGCUUGGUGUCCAGCUCACAGGGCAAGCGACGCUUCAAGGGCGACUUAACGGCCGAAAUGAUCAGCCCACCGCUGGGCGACUUCCGGCACACCAUGCACGUGGGCCGCGGCGGGGACGUCUUCGGCGACACCUCCUUCCUCAGCAACCACGGCGGGGCGGUCGAUCCCGACUCCUCCCCCGAGAAGACGAGCGGCCUCCUCUCCCGCACCUUUCGGCACGUCCUCCGGACCCCGACCCGGCCGGUGGCCGACACUGCGGAUCUCUCCACGCCCCCUCCCCUCGUCUCGCCCAUCAUCAAAAACGCCAUCUCCCUGCCCCGGCUGGAUGUCGACACUCCCAACGGCUGCCUGAAGAGGGAGCUGUUUCCCAACUCGCCCAGCUGUCCAGAGGGCUCUAUGUACUCCUAUGGUGUGGAUUCCGGUUUUGCCACGCUGCCCCGCCUCUCACGCAUUGACGGCCAGCUGCAGGAUAGUCCCACCCACCGCUCCCCGGAACCGUGGCACGAGUCGCCCUCCGACUACACCGCCGACUCUCUGGUGCGGUCGGACUCCCUGAUCUCGUUCACCGUGGACCUUGGCCCCUCACUGAUGAGCGAAGUGUUUGGCAUAAUUGACAGCCCUGACGGCAUCAGGGAGGCGGGCCUCUGGUGGGAGGGAGAAGGGCCGGCCAAUAGCUGUGACGCUACCCAUUUAUCCACCAAUGCCGUUGCGGAUUCCCCACAGGGGGUGGAGCUAAAUGGCAGGGAGCGGUCAGACCAAGAAUGGGAGGAAGGGGAAAACGGGGACUUGCCAAAACCGGAAUCUCCAGGCACGGCGGUGAAGUCCCCCGGAAAAGUGGAGCCGGGAAUGGAGGCGGAACGGUUUCUGAAGGCGGCUGAUGUGUUAUCACGCCAUUACGGGGGAGGCGGGGUCUUAAAAAGGCCCUCCCCCCCCAAUGGGCGGGACUUCAGUCCUUAUACGGGCUCUGGCCAGCCCACCCAGAGGAGAAGCCCAUGUCCCGACCCCGAAGAGGAUGAAAUCAAAGUCUGAAGAAGCACAGACUGCAGUGUUUCUUGAAAGCACCCGAACGUGACUCUUGUGAUGUAUGUGUGUGUGUUUCCUGCAUCGAGCUCACAAAGUUUGGCCCGCAAGGUUGUAUUUCUUCUGUCUUGCUCAAAAAACCCUGACCCUAAUGGACCUCCAGACUUUCCUUGUGCAAAGGGUAGGAAAGGUUUGGAACAUCUUGCUGGGUAGCAUCCAAGGAAACAAGAUUUAUAUUAAUUUAAAGCAACAGUAACUAACAUCUUAACAGUACAGUUUCCACACAGCCAAGACGAUCUGAUGGGUGUCCUGUACACAUCAGGAUAUUUCUUAUGUUCUUAUAUUAAGAUAAACAGAAGCCAGCAGAUGGAGAAGCACCAUCAGGUGGACACAAGUGUCGUUCACUUCAGCUGCUUGGCUGUCCGUUAAAUAUAUCCACAUCCCGUUUGUGUCACUACACCCCUCAGAGCAGGACAUUUUGCUGAAUGUUGGGCCACAGAGACUACAGAGAUGCGUUUGAUGGCCUUUCUGUCUUCGCUCACGCUCGCUGUCUUCAUCUUACGGAUGUGCAUUUUUGUAAUACAGUGCUGGGCACAAGUAAUUGAGAUAGGAAGAAAAGAGGAAAGAAUGAACUGUUAAGUAACACCCCCCACCGUUGAGUUCCUUAAAUAGAGCCGUUCAAAAUAGGGCGACCGUACGUUCACUGGGAGGGACAGGAAAUGAGGUCAAGGAAGCUUAAAUGGAGAAGUGAGUGUUGGUAAACAUGUCGGCACUGCAAGGGAAAAUGAAACGAACUGUGCUGUGUUUGAUUCAGAGCCUCUAGGGGCCUGUGCCUAACAUCCCUCCUUGAUAAUACUCUUCCCCUAACUGCUACAGGCCCAUUUCCAUCUUGAGUAUAUGGGCCAGCCCGUUCUGAAGCCUCUCUUCACAAUACACAGUGCCGAUUUCCCAAGAUCCUUCAUCACCGGCGUAGUUCCAGGUCACCAUGCCCGAUAGGGACUGUCCAAAAUGAAGCAACUGUAUGUGACCUGCAGGACAGGGCAUCCCCUGUGUCUGAGAAAAUGAAAGUGCAUCGUUCCAGGGCCUUCUAGCACACCGACGUCCCCUGAGUGUAGGGGUCAGCGCUAGGGUUCCUUCCUCAUUCACACGCCCCCGGAUGUGGCUCUUCAAAGCAGUUUCCCCGGGCCCCACCUCGUGUACCGCGUGAGGGCAACGCUACUUUCGGGAUGAGUAAGUACGUUUGCAGAACGACACUGAUUUCAAGGUGACAGACGCACAGCCAUCUCAAAAGAGGAAACGAAGAUUCCGGAACCGUUUUUGCACAUUCGUGUGAUUUUCAUCCGUAAUAACGAUGACCUGGCGACAGCUGAACUAAAGGGGAGUUUUCAGAUUCUCCGGGUUUAAGUGUGCUCAAGACAGCAUGUUAAAAAAACCUGCGUAAUAUUGGAUCUACGGUAUAUUGCGAGGUAGUCUCUGAAAACACAUCUUGUUUGUAAUGGAACAAUAAUAUAUGAAUGUGUUAAUGUUUUUAAUCAAGCAAACCAAAGCUUCUGCACAUGACUUGGGUAAUUUAGUUAGUCUGCAUGUAUGCUAGUAAUCAAAGGAAACAAAGGCAGUAUAUUUUAUAUUAUUAUUUUGUAUUCUUAGUCAUACGAUGCAAAUGAUAUGUGCUCUUUGUAUAUACAUACCAACGAGAGAAAUGUCUGUCCCUCAGAGGAUAAUAAUGAUAACAAUCUUAACAAACUGUAAUAAAUGGAUGCAUUUAAUACAUGUAGACAUGCAUCUCACAGGAAA